CGACGCGUUGUCUAUGGUUAUUUUCGUAAUAACAAUUUAGGCAGAUUUGGCAGAUCGUCGUCGCGCUGCAGCUGUUUGUAGGGCGAUUGAGUUUGCAGUGUCGAAGUGUUUUGAAAUAAUCUGACUGGUUGCUUUGUUUUGUCGUACGACAGUGUAUUUUCAAUGAUUUUAUUCAGAGGAAAGUGCUGUUCCAGAAGUGAUUUUAAGUUUUUGUGAUUUUUUUACUAAGCAAAGAGAACCAUCAUGGAUUUCAAAACAGUCGUAUUCAACGCUGCUCGAGAUGGAAAUCUUACGCGACUAAAAGCGUACCUACACAGUUGGCGCUCUGCAGACGAGCUGAACAUGUUGGUGGGUGCGAAGGUCGGUGGAGCGACGCCACUAGUCAUCGCUUGCAGAAACGGUCAUUACGACGUCGCCGAAUAUCUAAUCGAGAGAUGUAAAGCAGACAUCGAACAACCCGGUUCAGUGACAUUCGACGGAGAAACGAUAGAGGGCGCGCCUCCGUUGUGGUGCGCCGCGGCAGCUGGCCACCUGCCUCUGGUGAAGCUGCUGGUGCGCGCCGGGGCAAAUGUCAACUCCACAACGAGAACACACAGCACACCGCUCAGGGCAGCCUGCUUUGACGGCCAUUAUGAUAUCGUUAAGUUCCUAGUCGACAAUGGCGCCGACAUAGAAAUAGCAAAUCGUCACGGGCACACGUGUCUAAUGAUAGCGUGCUACAAGGGUCACAUCAGAAUCGCCAAGUACCUAUUAUCACUAAAUGCAGACGUAAACAGAAAGAGUGUGAAAGGAAACACAGCGCUACACGACUGCGCAGAGAGCGGCUCCCUCAAUAUACUCAAAAUGCUGUUAGGUCACGGCGCUACUAUGGACGUAGAUUCGUACGGUAUGACGCCACUCCUAGCAGCAUCAGUUACAGGACACACACAUAUAGUAGAACACCUUAUAAACGCUGAACAUGGACUAGUAACGAGACAACAGCGGAUUGAUGCGCUAGAGUUGCUCGGGGCGACCUAUGUAGACAAACGAAGAGACAUGGUCGGGGCGCUUGCAUUGUGGAAGAGAGCCAUGGAUGACAGAUUUCCCGCGGACGGUAGCGAACCUAUUCCUAAGCCGAAAGAUAUCCCACGCAUAGAAGCUUACGACUUUGCGGUGGAGCCCAGCAACGCGCAACAACUAGAGGAAAUACUCGCCGACCCCGACGGCAUGCGGAUGCAGGCUUUGGUCAUCAGAGAGAGGAUUCUCGGGCCGGCGCACCCCGACACGUCGUACUACGUGCGGUACCGCGGCGCGGUGUACGCGGACGCGGGCCGCUUCGCGCGCUGCCGCCAGCUGUGGCACCACGCGCUGGACAUGCAGCGCGCCGUGCUGCCGCCGCUGUCGCCGCUCACGCAGUCCUCGCUCUACUCCUUCGCCGAGCUCUUCUCCUACAUGCUGGCCGAGCGCGCGCGGCCCCCGCUGCGCGGCCGCAUCGUGCCGCCCGUCGCCUUCGACGACAUCGAGCCCGUCUUCUCCAAGGCGCUCGACGAGAUCCACCGCGGGACCGAGCUGCUGGACUCCAAGCUCAGCAUCGACCGCGAGCAGACGCUCAGCACGCUGCAGCGAGUGCUCGUCAUCUCGCUGCAUCUCGCCGCGCUCAUGGCCAGGCUGCUGGAGGAGCCCGACUGCACCGACGAAGUUUCCAGGAAGAUCCAUAAGGCUGUGUAUUCACUCGUCAAGUUAGAUAUUACGGUACGACAGGGGCGGUCCGCGCUGCACGUGGCGUGCUCGGCGGAGGGCGCGCGGGGCCGCGGGGGCCGCGCGUGGCUGGCGACGGAGCCGACGCCGCCGUCGCCGCCGGCGCGGCUGGUGGCGCUCAUGCUGCGGCUGGGCGCCGCGCCCGACGCGCGCGACGCCGACGGCAACACUCCGCUGCACCUCGUCUGCAAGCUGAACCCGUGCCCGGCGGAGGUGGUCCGCGCGUUGCUGGCGCACGGGGCGCACAUCGACGUCGUGAACUACGCGGGCGACACGGCGGAGCAGCUGCUGCAGGCGUCGGCGCAGAGCCUGGCCGCCAUCGUCAACCCGCUGCGGUACACCACGCUCAAGUGCCUGGCGGCGCGCACCGUCAAGAACUACCGCCUGCCCUACCGCCACGUGCUGCCCCUCUGUCUCUACUCCACCGUGCUCACGCACUGACCGUUCUACUCUUGUUUCGAUCCUUGUUUUAGCGAUUUGCGUUGGAACGAUACCUCUAUAUUUUAGGAUCUGUUUGAGGCUACCUAUUCUUUUAAUUCGUUGUAAUGCCGCCGAAUCCGUACCUUUACUUAAACUGCCAUACGAAAUAGACAUAAGGCAAAGGUAUGAUUCGGGUUUAUACUAAAAUUGAGAACGAAGGGGAGCUUAGAUUGUUAGUGUAGUCAAAGAUGCGAUGAACGUCAGUCUGCCGUCUAGCGUACAGUUAUUAUUGUUGGAAUGUCAGUUUUACCAUGAACUUGGUGUUACUCUGAUGUCUGUUUUGUCACAGUAUUUUAAAAUCGGUAGGUCAGCUCAAAAUGGAAUUUAUAUGUUACUAUGUAUUAUAUCAUUACUCUUUACUAGUAUAAACUUCAUAAUUCUGCGAAUUUAUGUUUUAUACUUAGUUUUUCUUUUGAAUUAACUCUCAUAGUUUAUAAAUUUUAAAUCUAUUAUUGUAUCGUAUUGUUUGAUUAUUAUUUUAUAAUUGUUUAGUCCAUUGACAGUAUAGAUGAAAGUACUAGAGCAUUAUUUUUGUACGUGUCGAAUGUUAAAAAUGUAACGUCCUUGUAAAAUUGGUAGUAUAAAAGGUACCAUUAAUAGAAAUAAAAUUUCAGUGCUGUGCCGUACGUGAUUUGAAUAGAUGUAAAAAUGUACAUUGGGAUAAGUAAGGAGAAAACUUUAAAUAUAAUAUAUAGUGUAUCUAUCCGCGAAAUUACUGUUGGCGCUUCGUGGCGCCUGGUACAAGAAGUAACGAUGCUCUAUAUUGUGGAUAAUACGUAAUAAACUCGUCAUUUAUCACACACAUUAUUUUAAUCAUUUUAUUCGAAGCUCAAAAUCAUAAUUGUUUUGUAUAAUGUUCUCGCAUGUAAAAUUUCGCAAUGAUUAUAAAUAGAUGAAGCUGACCAAUGGGAAUCCCAUUAUGUAAAUACGUUACAAGAUCUCGAAGAUAGAGCCAUAGCUAACUGUUUAACUAAAUAUCUUUUGAUUUACUAUUAUUUUGGACUGAAUGCAAGAUGACUUGAUCUGUUUGUAAUCGUUGGCGUGUCCGUGAUAUUUGCUUUUAUUAUUUGUCUGUGAGUGUGACGCCGGGUCGCCGCAUGGUUGGACUAGAGUCAGUAGCUCAAACAGCUCGAGUGGCAUCGACUUUAAUCCUAUCUCUAGUCCUCUAUUAUUUUAGUACAUCAUGGACUUGUUACACAAACAAUUUUAUUUUUACGUCAGUGAUCAUCGCUUUAUGCAUAUAUCAAUGUAAAAACAAAUUAGACGUAAGUAGGCAUAUUAGAAAUUAAUGGAGAUACGUAUAAAUUGGUAUUGUAUUAUAUUAGUAAAUUGGAUAACGACAAAGUAAACUAUUAGUACUGAAUUGUUAAACUGUUGUUGAAAUUUUAUAACAACGACGUUGUUCGCUACUUUGUGUGUAUUUCUUUAUAGUAUAUUGUAAAUUUAGUAAUACUGCGUGAUUAUAUGCUAGUUAUUUUUGAAAUUAAUAAAAUGCUUUAAAAUAUUCGUUGUAUAUUUUUCUCUUAGCUAGUUUUAAAACAAACAUCUACUCUGUGCGACUCGUACUCUGUACAAACGAGUCGCCACGAUAAAUUAUUCUGCAAUAAAUUUAUCACAAAAU